AAUUAAUGGAAACUAAGUGUAAAAGAAAUGGUUGUAAGAAAGCUUACAAUGAAAAUGAAAAUAAUGAUAAAGCAUGCAGACAUCAUCCUGGAAAACCCAUUUUUUCAGAUCUCAAAAAAGGAUGGACAUGUUGUAAUAAGAUAGUCUACGAUUGGGAUGAAUUCAUGAAAAUAGAGCCAUGUGCAGUAGGCAAACAUACAAAUGUAGAAGUCACUGAAGGGGGUGAAUUUUAUUAGUCAAAGACUGUAGAGAAUGCAUAAAAAGGUAUUAAUGCAAUUUCUAGAAUAUUAGGAAUCGAUAACUUUGCUAAUAGUGCUCCUCAGCCUGUUAGAAAAAUAGAUGACUACAAUAAAGAAGAAGCUGAAAAGAAGAAACUGCUAGAAUAAUAAUAAGGUUUCACUUUCUAAUUCUACUAAUUUAGCUAAAGUAUAAAAAUAAAUCUUUGUUACUCCUGCUGGAAAAUAUAAAUGCACCAAUAAGGGAUGCUUGAAAGAAUAUGAUCCUAAUGAAAAUACUGAAUGCUUUUAUCAUCCAGGGGAACCUUGUUUCCACGAUCUCAAGAAAUUUUGGACUUGUUGCAAGGUAGUGUCUUUCAUUUAUUUCAAAGGUUGAAAAAUAUGAUUGGGAUGAAUUUAUGAAAAUACCAACUUGUGCUAAAGGAUCACAUACACCUAAAGUAGUUUGAAAAUCAAUAUUAAAUUAUCA